AUGGCGACCCAGUCGGCGAUCAACUGGCCGCAGCACUUCCUCCCUGGCACGACAGACAACUUUGUCUCAAAUGAACGCAUCGCGAAAGAUCUAACCAGCACCCAAAUCUGGGCCCUGUUAGCCAACAUCUCGAAAUGGAAGUCUUACUACAAGAACUGCGCUCAGAUAACGCCUCCGUCAUCGGACAGCACCUUCCUGCACAAAGAUGACGUUUUCAAAUUCAGUACUUUCGGUUUCCCACCGCUGACUUGCACGGUCCAGGAGUCGGAGCCUCCAGAGAGUAACGGGCGUGCUGGAAGGUUGGCAUGGAGCUCCAAGACAUCGGAUGGGCUGGAAAUCUAUCAUGCGUGGGUUGUGGAGGACCUGGAGGGACAGAGAGUGAGAAUCUUGACGCAGGAGAGUCAAAUUGGACAAGUGUUCAAAGAGUGGGAGGUACAGAAGCCGAACAAGAUGCUGUUGGGACAUCAGGAUUGGUUGGAUGGUCUCAUCACCGCAGCGAGCGGAAAGCAGGUUGAAGAUACCAACUUGGAGGCAGUAAACUUCCCUUACACGAAUCCUCUAUCAUCGUUCCAAUUCCGCAUCCACGAGGUCAUAUCCCGUCGUAGUUAUCAAUACCCAUAUUCGCGUCCUGACGCCGGUCAUGGCAAAAGGAGAUGA